GACAGUGGCUCAGACAGCAGAUUGAAAUCAGAUUUUUUUUUUUUUUUUUUUUUUUUUUUUUUUCACGUCAAGAAUGGAAAACAACAGAUUUUUUCUCCGGCGUCACGUCUUUGUUUUUGUUCUUCUCGUCGUCCCUGCUGUCUGUGGAGACGUGAGUUACUCGAUCCCGGAGGAAAUGAAACGCGGAUCAAUCAUUGGAAAUGUCGCAAAGGAUCUUGGACUUGAUCUGGGUUCGUUUUCCUCUCGAAAGGCCCGUGUGGAUACAGAAGAUGAUAAUGUUCACUGCGGUGUGAAUCUGAACACCGGAGACCUGAUGGUUCAGGAAAGGAUCGACAGAGAGGGGCUUUGUGGAAAAAAAGCAUUGUGUGUUCUCAAACAAGAACUCGUGCUGGAAAAUCCGUUAGAGCUGCAUCGAAUAAAUAUCCGCAUUCAAGAUAUUAAUGACAAUUCACCGCAAUUUAAAGAGGAUUCUGUUAAAAUCGAAAUCCAGGAAUCAGCAUCCAGAGGUGCGCGUUUUCUUCUGGAUGAAGCCCAAGAUGGAGACAUCGGAGAGAAUUCUGUUCAAGGCUACACGUUGGAGCAAAAUGAUAAUUUUAAAUUAAAUGUUAAUACGAAAGAAAGAGGCAAAAAAUACUGUGAAUUGGUUCUGGACAAAGAACUGGACAGGGAAGACAAAAAAGACAUGACGUUGUUGCUGACAGCAUUCGAUGGAGGCUCUCCUCAGAGAUCAGGCAGUGUCGUCAUCCACGUCACUGUACUGGACGCUAAUGAUAACGUACCAGUAUUUAGUCAGACCCUUUAUAAAGCCAGUCUGCCUGAAAAGUCUCCUGUGGACACUUUGGUGCUCACAGUGAGUGCGACUGAUGCUGAUGAAGGUUUAAAUGGUGAAAUUACUUAUGGAUUGAAUUAUGAUUUUGAAGAAAACGGCAACGUGUUUAGUUUACAUCGUAAAACUGGAGAAGUGAGAGUUUCUGGAGUUAUUGAUUAUGAGAAAUCAUCCUCAUAUGAAAUGCAGAUUAGUGCAAAAGAUGGAUUAGGAUCUGCAUCACAUGCAACUUUGAUAAUUGACAUUACUGAUAUAAAUGAUAACGCUCCAGUGAUCUACCUGAAAUCACUGACUAACCCCAUACCUGAGAACAUUUCACCUGGUACAGAGGUUGGAAUCAUUAAUGUUCAGGACAGAGACUCGGAGAAUAAUAGACAGGUCCACUGCUCCAUUCAGCAUAAUGCCCCCUUUAAUUUGGUUCCUUCCAUUAAAAACUAUUAUUCUCUGGUGACAACAGGACAUUUGGACCGUGAAUUAGUGUCUGAUUACAACAUCACAAUCACAGCUACUGAUGAGGGCUCUCCACCUCUGUCCUCCUCUAAAACUGUUCAGUUAUCUGUAGCUGAUAUCAACGACAACCCACCUGUGUUUUUGGAACAGUCCUACAGCACCCAUGUGACUGAAAACAACAAACCUGGCUCCACUUUAUGUUCUGUUUCUGCUCGAGACCCUGACUGGAGACAAAACGGGACAGUGAUUUAUUCUCUUUUACCUGGUGAGGUGAACGGAGCCCCAGUGUCCUCUUAUCUGUCUGUUAACGGAGACACGGGAGUGAUCCACGCUGUCAGGUCCUUUGAUUAUGAACAGUUCAGGAGUUUGAAAGUCCACGUGAUGGCCAGAGACAAUGGUUCUCCUCCACUCAGCAGCAACGUGACCGUCAGUGUCUUCAUCAUGGAUGUGAAUGACAACUCUCCUCAGAUACUGUACCCCGCCCCGGAGGGCAACUCCUUCAUGACCGAGCUGGUCCCCAAAGGUGCACAAGGAGGCUCUCUGGUGUCCAAAGUGAUCGCAGUAGACGCAGACUCUGGACAGAAUGCCUGGCUGUCCUAUCAUAUAGUCAAAUCCACUGAUCCAGGACUUUUCACGAUUGAUGUCCACAGUGGAGAGAUCAGGACACAGCGGGACAUUUCUGAAUCUGACAGCAUGAAACAGAACCUUAUUGUAGCAGUUAAAGAUAAUGGACAGCCCUCUCUGUCUGCCACCUGUUCCAUGUAUUUACUCAUUUCUGACAACUUGGCUGAGAUACCAGAGAUGAAGGACGUGUCUUAUGAUGAGAAGAAUUCCCACUUAACCUCUUAUCUGAUCAUCGCUCUUGUGUCUGUGUCAACCUUUUUCCUCACCUUCAUUAUUGUUGCUGUUGGUGUGAAAUUUUGUCACAGAAGAAAACCCAGAAUGUUGUUUGAUGGAGCAGUUGCCAUCCCCAGUGGUUAUCCUCCUCCUCAAUAUACAGAUGUUGAUGGAACAGGAACUCUACGCAGCAUAAAUUAUGACACCUACCUGACAACAGGUUCAAGAACCAGUGACUUUAAGUUUGUGGCAUCUUACAAUGACAACACCCUGCCUGCAGACCAGACUGUGAAGAAAAGUCCAUCUGGUUUUGCUGAUAACACUGGAGAUUGUGAUGGUUCUCCUCAAGAGGUAGGAAUACUUUUAUUGGCUGUUUCAAAAGUCUGA